UGCCGUCGAUACGCUGUUGUUCAAUUUGCUGAGAAAAUUAUCGCUUCGAAAGAUUCUGUCCCAAGCGAUGCGUCAUUCCGAAUUUUUUGCUAAUUAUAAGAGCUUAUACACCGGCCACAAAAGGCAACUGAUCGUUCUUCUUCUGACCGACGCUCAAACUCUAAACAUCUUCGAACAGUUUACUAAGAUACAUAAUUUAUCGUUGCACGCAUGGUUUGUUGUAUUCUGGGCCAGACACGGAGCGACGUUACACGAUUACUGUGAAAAACCAAAGGUGAACCGAUUUCAUCUGAACUUUGAUGUUCGGAUGCUGGUCAAAUGUCUGGAAAAUCCAGAGAUUCGAGAAUGGUACGCUUUGGAUCCGAAAGCUGAGGUCAGAGUCAACGAGUUGAUGGAAUGGAUGCCUGGAACAGGCUUGAUCCAGAAGACAAAGCUGACCUUUUAUCAGCGCAGGAGGGAUUUUCAUGGAAAGUUGUUGAAAGUGACAACUGUCAAGGAACUAGUCGAUGCAACGGAAACACACAAAAAGUCGAAUCAACAGCCUGAAAUGGUGUUAAAAUUGAUGACAGAGAUGAUGCUCUACAUGAACUUUAACAUAAGUUUUAUGCCCUCGAUUUCUAAUUACGGUUUGUACAACCAGACUGAGCAUAAGUGGAGCGGGAUGUUGGGAAAUUUGUCGCGCGGCGAGAUCGACAUGUGUUUUACCGACAUGACAGUCACGCAAGUAAGGCAACGUUACUUUGAUUGGACCUGGCCACUAUGGAUGACGGGUAAUGUUCUUACCAUCAGGAAGUUCGAAAAAGCUGCUGUCAAAUGGACGGCUUAUUCAAAGGCUUUUGUCUGGGACAUUUGGAUAUCCAUAUUAUUUUUAAUGAUAAUCGCAUCAGUAGUCAUCACCAUGAUAAAGGCUAAAGUGAGAAAUGGUAAUUGGGACGAUAAUGACUUCCUUGAAAAUCAAUUGUACGUCUGGGGGAUUUUUUGCAACCGAGCAUUACCAAAAUUUCCGGAUUCUCUGUCUCUGAGAAUUGCGUACGUAUCCCUUUUCUUUUGUGCCAUUGCGAUCAUCACUGCUUAUUCUGGGUCUAUCGUCAGUAACUUGACGAAUUUAGAAACAGCCUUACCGUUCACGUCUAUUGAAGAAUUUAUAAAACUAGGAACUUACAAACUUAGUAUCAAAAGCAAGAGCUAUGAUCAAGAAUAUAUAGCUUAUAGCAAUGAUCCGACUAUAAUCAAAUUGAAAAAUUUUAUCGUGCGGAAUGAAGAUUUACCAGCUAAUAAUGUCCAAGGAUUGAGCCAGAUAUGUCAGGAGAAAACAGCAUUUUUCACAAGCGAUGCGGCAAAACGCAAAGUGGCGAAGACCAUACCGUGUCAAAUAACUACUAUCCCUAUGGUUGGAAAUCGUUACAUGGCACUGGCGUUGACUAAGAAAAGCCCUUUAACGAGUUUUGUCAAUUAUCACAUUCGGCGAUUCGAGGACUAUGGUCUUAUGAAGCGGACGAAAAACCUUUACCUAGAGAGGGAUGGCAAUUUGAGAAAAAGGGGUGGUUCCGUUGGAAUCGACGAAAUCGCACCGCUACUCGGAAUAUUGGCAUUUGGAGUAAUAAUAAGCUUGUUCAUAUUGUCGUUAGAAUACGUCUAUUACUAUUGUAAAUCUGUGUUCAGACGUUGUUGAAAAAAAAAAUUACAGUUGUCACUGAUGUAUGAUUCAAAAUCUGCAUCGUUAUCCAAAUAAAAGUUACGAUAGUUACAAAAGUUUA